GAGUGUAUAAGCAGGAGGGUGUUGCAGGCAGGGCAGUUCUCUCUCCUUGCAGGUGCAGGUAUUCUCAGAAGCAGAAGCAAUGGCAGCCCUCAACUCUGUCCUGAAGCUGCUACUGCUGCAGCUGGUGGGCCUCCAGGUGCUACUUUCUCCCAGCUUCGCUGUAAGUUCUCCUAAAGGAUGCACCUUCCCUGAAACAACCAACAUGACCACCAACUUCUCCAUGAAGGCAGAUUCAAAUGUUUACAAAACCAACAAAACUUACACAGUGACUUUUUCUGGAAAUGAGAACCUCCACAGUGUGAUCCUUCAAGCAGUGGACAAGGACAACAAGUCAGUUGGCCAGUGGCAAAAUCCUGAUCAGAUGUGCAACAACUCUGUCAUCUACCAGAUGAAGAAUUCCAGCAGAAGCAUCUUCCAAGCAAACUGGACAUCCCCUAAUUGCUCAGACAUCACGGAAGUUGAGAUACGGGCCUUCACCUUCUAUUUCAACAAUGGGGCCACCUUCUCGUCAUUAAAACUAGACAGGAAAGUACCGACCCCAUCGCUAACCACCGCCAAGAGUUCCGCCCGGAAAGCCUUCACCUGUUCCGUGAUUGACAUCAUUCAGCUCCUGUUUGUCUAUUUUACCAGCAAACUGAUCUCCUAAGGAAGCGUGUACUCUGGUACCACGGCCUCCUUCUUUCCCUCUUGAGCCAAGGUGUGAAAACCAUAGGAAUGAAGGUUCCACAUUCUUACAAUGCACGACUGUACAACAAUGUUUAAGUCUGACUGUAGCAGAGACGGAGGAUUCACUCAGCACACAGUGAGGAAGGUUUGACAAUCAACUAGCUGGUGAUAUUAGGCUAUGUAAGACAGUCAAAUAGAUCUCUGGAACUGGACGUGAGGUUUUCUCUUCUUCUAGCCAGGCAAGUCAGGUGAAAAAAGGAAUGGAUGGUAACAGUAGCCUUGUGGCCAGAGUGUAACUAGGGUUGAUCUUGUGUUAUCACCUUGAUGGCCAAUCCUACUGCCAAUCCAAGCCUCAUAUGGUGCCAAAUGAUUCCCCUGCACCCUUGAAAGUCAUGGAAGGCAUGGUCAGGAGGGAACUGAUUUCUGGUCCAAAUAUAUUCACAUUAUUUAAAAUAUUGGCAUUUGACAGCAUUUUUAAUUUAUUGAAGAAGGAAAGAAAUGAGCUGAAAUCAGUUCUGUUAAUGGAAAACUCAUUUCAUUCAGACUAGCAGGUUUAUGAAGGGCAACAAAGGAAAAAAACAAUGUUUGAUCAACUAAUUUGGGGGAAUAGGGAAGAGAGGUAGAGAGUAAUGAUUUUUUUUAAAUCAUUUCCUUUAAUUUCCAAUGACUUUAAAUAUUUUACCAAAGAAUUACAAGGAUGAGAUAGAUAAAUUGACACAAAAGAAUCCUAGGAUAAUGCUUAGCUAUUUUCAUUUAAAACAGAGAAUAUGACACCUAUUUCCUAUUUAUAAAUCAGAGCAUCAGGAAAAUAUAAUUAUGUAUUUUUGAUUUGGAAGAUUUUUGUUAUUUAAAGUCAGGUACAAUGAUUGGUAAUAUCUCAACAUCCAUUUUCCUAUAGACUGGCCAUUUCCAGUCCCAAAUAAUUUAUUUUUAAAUAAAUUGGUGUAAGUUGUAUGUAUACAUAUAUCCAUAUAUAUAUAUGAAAGACAUGAGAUUACUAAAAUAAAAUUUGUCACAAGCAAAAAUCUUCUGUGCCAUGUAUUAAAUAAAGGGUUUUUUGUUCUUUUAACACACAGUACAAAUGGUCAC